GAUUAUUGGAAAUUUCACAGGCGAAUUUCGCCAAGGUCAUCUUGAGUGGGUUGUAGGUCAUUUCUUAAAAAUAGUCUUACGUAAAAAACCCGAUCAUCCUUGAUUAAUGGGCACCAUAUCUAAACACAAAAAAGUGAGGAUCAUGAAACAGAAAUUGAAACUAUUUCGAGCUAAUGAACCAUUGAAAAGUGUAUUGAUGUGGGGCAUAAAUUAUUCAUUUUCUGCUUUGAAUCAUGUGAAACAACGUGCAUUAUUAUUGAAAGACGAUUUUAAAGCUUAUAUGAAAGUGAAAGUCAAUAAUCAUUCUUUUAACAAAGAGAAUAUGCCGAGUAGAUUCAAGUUUAAAGAAUAUUGUCCAAUGGUGUUCAAAUCGUUACGAGAUCGAUUUGGAGUUAACAAGAUGGAUUAUUGGGACUCUUUCACCAGACAUCAACCAUUAUGGGAUAGUACACGUGGGAAAUCUGGAUCGAAAUUUCUAGUCACUUAUAACCGACAAUUUGUGGCGAAAACAAUCAGUUCAGAAGAAGUUGAACAGAUGCAUCAAAUGUUGGAAGAAUAUUAUUCAUAUAUUGUCAAAGGACACGGUGAAACAUUGCUUCCUCAAUUCCUUGGUCUUUAUCGACUUACAGUGAAUGAUCAGGAGACGUACAUAUUAGUAAUGCGAAAUGUGUUCAGUCCAAGACUUGCAAUUCACAAGAAAUAUGAUUUAAAGAAUGUUGUGUAUUCAAGUCAUCUGGCGAAACGUUCUGUAAGUAUUCAUUCAAUGGUCGCCCGUGGACCGACUCACUUGUCGAAUUGUGACGCCAUCAUUGAUAAGACUGUGACAGUUUUAAACAAAGAGCAUGAACGUCGUCUGCGGCACAAAAAGUAUUCAUUUCACAAUACCACAGGUGGCUCAGCAGUGGAUCGUGAAGCAAACGAGAAAGAAAAGUCGAAACCUUUGCCCACAUUGAAAGAUGCAGAUUUCCUGACAGAUUUAUGCAAAAUACAUAUUGGUGAAGAAUCUAAGAAGAAGGUGUUAAAUACACUGGAAUGUGAUAUACAAUUCUUACAAGAAAACAAUUUGAUCGACUAUAGUCUACUGAUUGGUGUACAUGAUCCUGAGAUUGCACGGAAUAAUUUAAUUGAGAAGGCGGGUGGUGAUGAUGAUGAAGGUACCGGCGGUUUGGGUGGAGGAGUGUUAGAGCCUAACAGUCGAGGUUUGGAUGAUAGAAAAGUGUCUUCAGGUGAUGGUCUUGGAACACUUGCCUCACAAUGGCAAAGUGGUCGUUUGUCGAUGGCUAGAUCGAGUAUUGUACUUGGUCUUAGUCCAGAUGCUGCGGAAGCUUCUAGUUGUGGUGUUGGUGUUGGUGUUGGGACUGGAAAUGCAAGUACAGGUGAUGAUGAUGACGAAGAGGAAGAUGGUAUCAGUAUACCAGAUAACAAUGCACAUCAACUGCCAUCAAGUGAAUUAACUCCACCCGAUAGUCCACCUGGUGUAGAAUGUCUACCUCAAUUAUUCUCAGGUGAAUUACAUCCCACUAUAGAACAUUAUGGAAUUAAAAGUUCCAUUGAUUCCUCACAUCCACUAAUCUAUUUUGUGGCUAUCAUCGAUAUACUAACUCGUUAUGGAAUGCGUAAACGUACAGCUCAAACUUACAAAACAGUGAAACAUGGUUCAGAUGGUGGUUCUGUGAAACCGGAAUUCUAUGGUCGUCGUUUAUUGGAAUUUGUGGAACAGUGCAUUGACUGAUUGGAUGACUUACUGACGAAGAGUCCUGUUGAAUGAAUCGAUCAUUCUGUCUAUCUAUUUAUCUGCCUAUCUAUUUGGUGUGUGAAUGCUGUUUACUGUAUCUAGUUCCUAUGUGAUUUUGUGUAUAUAUCACUAAUUGUGUGCUCCUUAUCUGACUCCCCAGAACUGUCAUGUGUCAAAACACAUACAUGUGGACUGGUCACUUGAUGCAUACACACUAAUACACACCAAUACACAAACACACACGUAUAUCUGCAUUUACAUGUGCACAGACUACACACUCACCUAUAGAGUGUUAUACACAAUGGGCAUUUCAACUCGUAUAACCAGCUAGCUCAUUGUGGUUCCAAUGGUUUUCUGUCGAAGAAUUGUGAUCAGAAUGCUUUCUACUUUUAUUUACUUUUGUUUUGUUGCUGUUGUUCAUGUUGUAUUAUUUGACGUAUUGAAUAUUCAUUCAUUUGUCUAAUUUUUUUCUCCUUCUGAUAAUCAAGUGGUUAAUAAUGUGAUUUGUGAAUUUUUUGUAUUUUACGGAAUACAAAUAUCUUCUUCCUCUUGAUACUUACUA